AUGGCAAUCCUUUGGGCUCUAAAGUGGGUGGAGAGGGAAAAGCUGAAGGAGGUUGUCAUAUCCUCUGACUCUGCAGCAGCACUGGAGGCCUUAAGAGCUGAUAAAAGCAAAGCUUGCCUUGAUCUGGUGAUAGAAAUUCAAAACAUCAUGUGCAGAAUUGGGUCAGAACACAAGGUCAUAUUAUGUUGGGUUCCAGUGCAUCCUGGAGUUGAGGGCAAUGAGAAGGUGGACCUCUUGGCAAAGGAAAGCUUACUCAAAGGAACAGGUAUUCACAAGCCCCUGGGGAGAGUGGAACUAAAGGGACUAAUUCAGGAGGGUGCUAUUGAGGAGUGGCAAUCAGGCUGUGAGAGAGAGGGUAAGAGGAGACAUCAUUUUACAGCCCAACCCAAAGUGAAGACUAGAUGCUGUUGUAACAUCAAAUCUAGUGGAGAUGCAGUAAAGCUGUGCAGGCUGAGGCUCGGACACUGUGAGUUAAAUCAGUAUCUGCUUACAAUGGGAACCACCGUGUUAUCCAAAGCAGCGCUGCAGUUCCUGCAUGAAACUAGUCUUUAUAACGAGAUCUGAUUAAACAAGUGACCAGUAGAGGGCAGUAAUACCAUUUGUGCCGUCAACUCUGCGAGAAAUUAGGAAGGAGAAGAAGAAGAAACUCAGUUUACACAUGGAGCUGGUAGACGGCGGGAUCGGUCUGUGGAGUUCGGAUUGAGCGGUGAGUGCGGAACAUUUAAGUCUGUCAGUACACUUUAUAAGUUUAGAAUUUGAUCUGAAGGUAUAAAACACAGAUUUAAUCGUAAAUAUUUAAAGAGGAUACACACAGAAUUAUGAAUACGAUCAUUUGACACUGAGCUGCUUUCAACACUGCAGUGAGAGGGACUGAACCAGGACCAUUAAACAGAUGUCAACAAACAUCAGCUGACCUGAAGCCCAUCACUGACUUACAAAAACUAUUGUAGAGUAAUCAGUGGUGGUGCAUGUGGGUAAAUGAGAAGGAAGAAGAUUGAGAGCUGAACGAUAUUAUUAACCUGGCAAAUAUAUUACCCUUCUUCACCCAUGUUUAACUAAAGCAAACCUUGUUGUUGUUGAUUAGAACUUUCAGUCACUUUUAUAUUAUUAGAAUUAGAGCAUUUAAAGUUAAACCACUGCAAAUACAAGGUGUGACCUCUGCUGUUCUAAUCAUGUUAAUAAAUGCUCAUAAUAUUCAUGAGAAGAUACAAGAUAAAAGCCUAUUCAUAAAAAAAGAUUAAAACAACAAAACAGGAACUGAUUUACUACAUCAAAAUAAGGGAUUUUAAGUUAUUUAUACAGAGUUAUGAAACCUUACAGAUGUUUUCUCAGAUCUCCAGACUGUCCCAGCAGAAAAAUGUUGUCUUGAUCUGAUAUUUUGUCUCAUUACCUGUAAACACCCAUUGAUGUCACACUUAUAAUUGAACUUUCUCUUUCAGUCUGUGUGAAACAGCAGUUAGAGCGCACAGCUCUUUUUGUAGUCCAUCUGUGGUUGUUUGUAGUUUCUACAGCAGAUUCACCUGACAUCAGUAGCAGUCGGAUUCUCCAAACACCAAGGUUGUCCUUCCCAAACUUCUGAUAUGCAUCUGUCCUAAACCCUGUAAUAUUUACAAUUAGGAUUAAGGAAAAGAGGAUAGGAAAGGACUCGGGGUCAGUUUUAUUCUAAUAAUUACAUCACUGCUUUGACAACCCCAUGUAGGGCAAAGUUAUCAUUUAAUAUAAAUUUGAGACUUUUUCAGUCAGCAACAGUGGUGGAGGGUUCCAGAGUGCAGGGUUCUAGACAGGACUGUCUGUUCAGGAGCUAACAGUGAGCUGCUUGUCCUGUAAGAGGAAUGUUUGUGUACUAACAAUGAAUAAACUGUCAGUUUUAAUCAUAUAUAUAUAUUUUUUUUGCUUAGACUCACCUGUUCCAAGUGAACUCAGGUGUUUGGGUGGCAGACAUGUCCCUGCAGGUGUGCUGUCUCUCGUUCCGUCAGCCAUAUGCCGGUCUGGUUCUGGAUGGGGUGAAGACCGUGGAGAGCCGUUGGCGCCCACUGCUGGCCCCACUGGAGAACCAGACUCUGGCAGUCCACAUCGCCCAGCGGGACUGGGAGGGGGAGGAGUGGAAGGCAGUGCUAAGUGGUCCUUUGGGGAUGAACCCGAGUCAGAUCAAUGCUCUGAUGGAGUCUGGGGAGAGGUUUGGCCGUGGCGUGGUGGCAGGUGAGACAGCCUCAGGUGGUAAUAAAAGCGUAUGAGGCACACUUGAUUACCUAUGCUCAUCUCUCUCAGGAUUGGUGGAUGUGGGAGAGACCUGGCAGUGCCCCAUCUCCAUGCAAGGGGAGGAGCUUCAGCACCUGGAGUGCUCAGCUGUUUUAAUUGGUCUGCAAGAGAAACACCUGACUUACCUAUCCAACCCCCGCUGGCUCAAGGAGCCGCUGAGCACACGAGGAGGUCGUGACCUCUGGACUGUGGAGAUCCCCAAAGAACUGUUACCAUGA